AUGGAAGACAUCACAGCAACCGUCGCCAAGGAUGCCAACACCCUCAAUGUCCCUCCCGUCAAGGAUGUAGCUCCUGUGCCCACCAUUGGCGAGGUCGCUCCUGUGACUCCCGACUUUAAGCUGCCACGAUCAAAGCCUACUGUGAUUGUCUUCUUCCGUUAUUGCGGUGACCCUUUUUCCGAGAAAAACUUUCGCCAGCUCGCCGCCCUUUCGGUCCAGCAGCCUGGCCUCGACUACAUUGCCGUCUCGCUCUGCUCGCGCGAAGUCACCGACCGCUGGAUCGAGAAGAUUGGCGGCGCUUGGAACACCGACGUCAUCAUCGACACCGAGCGCAACCUGUAUGCCCGCUGGGGUCUCGGCCUGAACACCACCUGGCAGCUCUUUAAUCCCCGUGCCCUCUACACCACCGUCGCCCUUGGCCUCGAAGAGGGCAUCUGGGGCCGCGCCGUCGACGACGGCGACCGCUGGCAGAUGGGCGGCGCCUUUGCUGUCGACGCUGCCGGCUUCGUCCGUUGGGUCCACGUCCCCGAUGUCUCUGACGACGUCGUCGACUUCAACCCUAUGCUCGACCUGUUCGGCCUGCCGAGAGUCAAGGGGCGCCGCCCGAAGAAGCCGGCAGAGGCACAAUGGGUUGGUGCCGCUCACGGUGAACAGCCACAGUGGACAGGCGCCCUGAACGCUCCCCAUGAACCCCGGGUCGCAGCCACGGUGAAGGCUCACGGUGAGCGGCGAGCAGACAUGGAGGAUGCUCGCCCUGAACCCCGGCUCCCGCCCACGGUGAAGGCUCACGGUGAACAGCGACCAGACCCGGUGGAAACGGACGAAAAGUGA